AUGCAGAGGUACCCAUACGCCCUACGUGUCCUGCCCGAGACACUCGCAUCUAAAUGGGAGAGCCCAUCGUUUGCUCCAUACCGCGACGCCUUUCCUGCCGAAUACCGUGCCUCGCCUGCCGCCCUGACCGCCCACGUACACGACCUCGUUGCCGGCGACAUCAAGGCCCCAUACCUUAAGAGUCUCCAGGGCCUUCUGUGGAAAGAUGGCUAUCUCAGUGGUGCGUUGAAAGCACCGCUCUUUGCCGACGUCACGCCUCGCUUGACCGACUGGCACAAGGCCGGCAUCGCUCUCGUCAUAUACUCGUCCGGCUCUGUGCCCGCUCAAAAGCUGUUGUUCCAGCACACGGGCGUGGUGGGUGGCAAUAAUGAUGGCAAUGGUUCUGGCACGGAUGUAACCCCUCUCCUGAGUGGCUACUACGACACCAUCAACGCCGGCCCCAAGACUGUCGCCGCCAGCUACUCAGCCAUCCUGGCCCAACAGGAAUUGCCACAUGCAGACAUAUCCCCCGAUAGCUGGCUAUUCCUGAGCGACAAUGUGUUGGAGGUGGAGGCAGCACACGCAGCUGGUCUGCAAAGCUACUUGGUGCAGAGGCCUGGAAAUGCACCGCUGGCAGCGGAUAUAGCAAAGAAGCAUCGGGUCAUUGCCAGCUUUGAUGAGAUCGACCUGUGA